AUGGCGUCACCAGAAAAAGAUAUUGACCUCGUCACAGGCAUUGAUGUCAACUAUGAAACCAACAAGAAACGAUCAAACUCAGAGACGACCGACUAUCCGCGAAGACGGGCCAUCAUUGCUUGCCAAAUAUGCCGAUUGCGCAAGACACGCUGUAACGGUGUACGUCCCAAAUGCCAGCUCUGUACGGAUUUGGAUGCUGAAUGCACGUACCGAGAACCGGGAAUCAAGCUCGAUAUGGGCGAUAAGUUGAUUCUGGAGCAUCUUGUCCGGAUCGAGGGUCUGCUGCAUGCAAGCUUAUCGACACCCGGACCUCAAUCGGCCUUGUCAUCGAAUUCUCCUACUACGAGUCAUGACACCAAUCUUGGCAAUGAAGAUCCAGGGGCGAAGAUCAAUAACGGAGCUCCAACAUGGAAAAUGUCGGUGGGCCUUGCAUCUUGGGCCAACCCACCUUCGAGUAUUAGCAUCUCCACAAUGCCCAGGGUGCAUACCACCCCAGGCCUGCACCUUCUGCAAUGGCCCUUGGUGCGCGACUUGGUCUUGAAACCCUACGGCCCGCAGAGUCUCCUUCAGCUAGAGAUGGCUCGCGAACCAUUACGAAUGACACCAAAUUCCGGAUUUGAUUUAGGAAAUGUGCCUACGUAUGUGCAGGCUUUUUUCGGUCAUGCCAACGUCUGGUACGCCUGCGUAAACCCAUACUCGUGGAAUCGAUACUAUAGAACCGCUCUUGCGCAACGAUUCCAAGAAGGACCAGUCUCUUGUCUCGUCCUGCUCGUCUUGGCUCUUGGAUGUGCCAGCCGAGAGGGCAGCAUGGCAUUUGUGCCUCCAGACUGUGAACCGCCAGGGCUUCCAUACUUUGCCACUGCCUGGAGUCUUUUACCAUCUGUCAUGAUGCGCAAUUCUGUCAUGGCUGUCCAGUGCAUGGUCCUUGCGUCGGCCUAUUUAUUCUACCUAGUGCGUCCGUUGGAAGCUUGGAAUUUGUUGUCAAGUGGCAGCAUGAAAUUACAAUUGCUCCUGGGCGACUCAAAUCGUGUGCCUGCACGAUGGAAAGAGAUCAGCAAACGAGUCUUUUGGAACUCACUUUUGUACGAGAGUGAUCUGCUGGCGGAACUCGAUCUUCCGCACUCCGGUCUUGUCCACUUUGAGGAAUUUGUCUCCCUCCCAGGGAGCUUUGAGGAAGAGGAGGAUGGUGGUGAUGAUGAUGGGGACCUGGGCGAUGAUCAUGAUUCCGACGGGCGUUCCACCGGCAAGCCUACUGAAGAACCGCCCGGUCGAGAUGAGCUUUGGUACUUUCUAGCUGAGAUUGCGCUACGGAGACUUCUAAAUAGAGUCAGCCACCUUAUCUAUCAGAAAGACCAUUCACAAACACUUGCAGCGUUGGGACCGGUAGUGUCGGAGUUGGACUUCCAGCUAUCACAGUGGCAUGACAGUCUGCCUCGUCCGGUAAAAUUCCCUCUCACGCAGAUACCACUCUCCAACCCCGCGCAGACUGUUCUUCGGCUUCGUUAUAAUGCAUGUCGCACGAUCAUUUACCGCCCGUAUAUUUUGGCCGUUUUUAAGAAUGAGCAAGCUGCUGUGGACUCGAAUGUGCGAGAGUGUUGCCGAAGAUGUCUGGAGGCCACUUUGCGCCAACUCGAGCACAUCACCAGCCAUCGUGAAGGCCACCUUCCGUAUCUCUGGCAGGGCGCCUUGUCGAUGGUAUCACAGACCCUGCUGAUCAUGGGUGCUACCAUGUCGCCCACUCUAUCGAUACUGCUACCGGCCUCGCCUCAUGUCGAUGCCAUCAUCUCUAAUGUGAUCGCCGAGGUUGAUGGAUACGCCCACUUGGCACCAAGUCUGAAAUUGUCGGCAGAGAUCAUUCGUGAUGCCGAGAGGCGGCGGCAGAUCUGGCUUCGAUCACCAGGAAUUGGUACAUGA